AUGUCGGCGGCUGUGCUGGUGCUCGUAAAAUCUUUUGACUUCUGGUGGCUGAUCCUGUACACGCCGACAGUGUUGGAGAGCUCGUCCGUGAUGUACAGAAAGUCUCCGCUCGUACUCAACACCGAGUGGCGUGGUCCGGAUCCGGGCGGACGAUUGACGGUGUCGCCUCCAAGGUCAAAAACAACCACGUGGUUGGAGUUGGGCAGCCACCUCGUACUUAUGUCUCUGGAGCCACACUACCGUUCUCGUAUAGCGGGACCAGCGAGAGACUACCAGCAUAAUCCGCCCAACAUCUGCUGCGUGUUGAGGAGAUCGAGCUUGCCGUUAGCAUUCAACGUCAUCGCCGACACAUACCCGAUACCUGUCGCACGGUUAAGAGCAUAG